AUGGUCAGGACCCUAGAAAUAGAAAAAGAACGAGGAUACAUUAAUGAAAUCCAAAGGCUGGAGGCCUUGCAAAGGAAAAGGGAAGCAGAACACCUAGAAGAGUUAGAGAGGCUGAAGAAUGACAUAAUAAAAAGUCAACACAGUAUAGUACUAGAUCAUCCCAUAGAGAUACUCGCAGAGAAAAUGUCCUACGAGGAUUUCACUAAAAUCGAAGACAGACCAUGGGCAGAAACACUGUUCAAAAACACGGAGAUAAGGACUGGGGACCCCACAACAUGCAAGGAGUCUACCAUAAAAGUUGUACUGAUCGAACCCCGCGACGAGAUGACGGAGAGCAUCCAAAAAAUAUACAAAAACAAAUACCCAGAAUUGGGGGAGAUGAAACAAGACUAUGGCUCUCUACACCGAGUGACUAAGAUCAGAACGGACAUGGAAGAGGUUAGCAAGGAAGAACAAGAGGUCUUCAAGAUAAAGACAACGGAUGACAACAAAGACAUAUGGGAAAAACUAUGUAGGCUCAAGGUAGAUACGGAAGAUGAAAGCUGCCUAGCGAUGCACCACCUGAACAUGGUAAGUCUCGCUAAGCUACAAAAAAUCACAGAGGCUAUUUUUCAUGGCACAAAAAGAAAGAUUAUAAUAUACACCACGCGACAAAAGCAGCAAGAGACAAACGCAGUAAUCCAAGGAAACAGAGAAACACGGACAAAAUAUACAUAUGCAAUAAUCGUUGGCAAAAAAGUUCAAGAUUACAAAGACACGCUACUUUAUAUUAAAAACGCAGUCAAGGACAAAGGUACAAAAGACAUUAUAAGGACAUUUAGGAGAACAAAGGAUGGUUCGGUUAUGAUAGUGACAGAUAGGAAGGAGGAGAAGACCAAAGCCCUCCAAAGAAUGAUAAAAGACCACAUGGGCGAUGCAUUUACCAGUAUUAAAGGACUAAAGCCGGCGCUUCCCCGGACUAUACAUAUAAAAGGCCCCACCCGAUCGUCAACCAGCAACUGUACGGCCCCGGGGGCAAACCAACCCUGGAGCUUGACAACAGGUACUGGGAUACCGCAAAGAAGUGAUCUUACCAGGAGGCUGUCCAUACGGACAUCCCCUGCCCAAAGGGCCACGUCACCAAUGGUAGGGACCAUAGACAACAUGGCAUUCUUUGACGUGAAACACAGCAAAAAUAAAACCGGCGAAAAGAGAAACAGGGAGGAAGGCGAAUUAACCCCUUAUAAGAAGAAGGAGUUCUGCGAGGUUUUCGUUCUGGAGGAGACAAGGGAGCAAAUCACCUCGCUAGUGGCAGGACUUGCAAAAUACGAGAGGGUUGAGAAGCUAACCAUCAAAUGCGAGUCCCAAACAGAACCUGAUACACCGGCGAGUGAGGAAAAGGAGACGCAGACAGAGGUGGAGCUUCCGAGAGAGAUGGCAAUACAGCAGGAGACUAGGCCGCUUAAGGUACGGUGCGUGCCCACAAACUACAAGGUGCCAGAUGGGAUAGCAAGAGCAGUCUGGACAACAGAGGAAGCUUUCAGAAGGGAUUACCCUGGAAGGGAAACGCCAAAGCCAGGCCAAACGGUGGCAGUACACAAGACCGUAACCUCCAGCGUGGGCGACAAAAACCUGAGGGAGACCACCACCACAACAUGGAUGCUGAUGCAGGAGGAAAGCGCGAAAGAGGCGGCAACAAAAAAGAGGGCAAGACAUGACUGCCUGGUUAAACUGGCUGAACAAUUGAGGGUGGAGGACACCUGCUCUGUUACCAUUAGAGCCAUAAAGGGGGUACCACUAGAGAGCGAGAUGAUGGAUGCCAUAGGCAGAGAGAAUCUGGAGAUCAUACCCUCAAAGAGAUCAGGGAGCUCACCAAGGAGGAAGGAGACCUAA